AUGGAGCUCCGGCCUGCAGCGCUGAGCGUGCUCCUGCUCGCUCUCAUCUCCUCUGAGGUCCUGGGCAGGAACGAGGAGGAGCGUCUGAUCAACUACCUGAUUAAAGAACGAGGAUACAACAAAGAUCUGCGUCCUGUUGAGAGGCAGCAGGACGUCGUCGACGUUUACCUCGCACUCACCCUCUCCAACCUCAUCUCUCUGAAAGAAGUCGACGAGACUCUGCUGACGAACGUGUGGAUAGAUCAUACGUGGAAUGACUACCGCCUGUCGUGGAACGUGACAGAGUUCGAUGGCAUCGAAGUCCUUUGUCUGCCGACCAGCAUGGUGUGGCUGCCGGAGAUUGUGCUGGAAAACAAUAACGACGCCCAGUUCCAGGUGGCCUACUACAGUAACGUACUGGUGUAUCCUGAUGGGCUCUGCUACUGGUUACCUCCCGCCAUCUUCCGCUCCUCCUGCUCCAUCAACGUCAACUACUUCCCCUUCGACUGGCAGAACUGCACGCUCAAAUUCACCUCUCUGACCUACAACGCCAAAGAGAUCCGGAUGCUGCUGAAGGAAGACGCGGCGGACGGCGUCACAUUUACGGUGGAGUGGAUCAUCAUUGACCCCGCUAGCUUCACGGAGAACGGCGAGUGGGAGAUCAACCACCGGCCGGCCAAGAAGAACACCUACAAGCACAUUCCCAUGGAGAGCAACAAGCACCAGGACAUCACCUUCUACCUGGUCAUCAAACGCAAGCCGCUCUUCUACAUCGUCAACAUCAUCAUCCCCUGUGUGCUCAUCUCCUUCCUGGCCUCGCUGGUCUACUACCUCCCCGCUGACA